AUGAGCAGUCUAAUGAUUGCAGCGUUCUACACCCCCGACCCCAGCAGAAAAGCCGAGUUGAUCAACCAAGUGCGCGACGCAUGUCGGGACCACGGCUUCUUCCAGAUCAUCAACCACCGGGUGCCCUCCAGCCUCUGCGACAGUAUUCUGCAGCAGGCGCAAGAGCUCUUCAGCCUCCCGCUUGAGAUCAAGGAGAAGUAUAGCAAGGACGCAGGAAAAUCCAGCCGCGGGUACGAACGCCUCCGAUCGCAGAAUUUUGAGAAACGCGGGCCUGGCGAUCUGAAGGAAGGGUUCUACUUCGGCAAGCAUCUACCCGCGGAUCAUCCCUCCGUCCUCGCGGGACACUUCUUCCAAGGCCCAAACCAGUAUCCGUCGGAGGUGCGGGAUCCCCAGGUGUUUCGGGAGGUGAUCGAUGCGUACCAUGCGACCAUGACGGAACUAGCACAGGAUAUUCUGCGCGUGUUAGCGGUGAUGCUGGACCUGGAGGAGAAUUGGUUUGAUGCGUUCAACGAGGAGCCGGUGGCCACUCUCCGACUGCUUCGAUAUCCGCCACAGACCAGUGACGAAUCCAGCUACGAGCGUGGCAUCGGCGCACACACCGAUUUUGGGGCCAUCACCAUCCUCCUCCAAGACGACCAUGGCGGGCUACAAGUGUGGGAUCAGGAGUCGUCGGAAUGGGCCGACGUGGUGCCGGUGAAGGAUGCGCUGGUGGUGAAUCUGGGCAACAUGAUGAUGCGCUGGACCAACGACCGGUAUCUGUCGAACCUGCACCGCGUGAUCAACCGGAGUGGCGAAACGCGCUACAGCGUGCCGUUCUUCUAUGAUGGCAACGGGGCGUUCCUGGUGGAGUGCAUCCCCAGUUGUUGCGGCGAGGGAGCCAAAUACCCGGCUGUGACGGUGCAGCAGAUCCUGGAGGGACGCUAUGCGGACACGUAUGGGAUGAGUCCGGGGACGAAGCCGGGGGAGACAGGCCAUGCGCCGGCAAUGGGCGAGCUUUUGAAAGGGGCCGAGAAGGCGAUAACCGGGUGA